AUGGCCGAGAAACCUGAUUUUGAUAACGACAAAUACGGAGAGAAGUAUAGAAGAGUCUACUACAUAAUAGAUUCUGCUGAAAUAUCUGCCUUUGAGAAUCAGGCAUUGACUAAUUUCAUAACUUCCACAAGUGCCGCAGUUGUAACAUCAAAAUAUGUUCAAGAUCGGGUAUCCCAGAACUCAGGGACUUGUACUCUAGAAGAGACUCUACGGUCCCUUCUACAAGACAUAUCGACACUCUCUAAAAAAAUGACCCAUGAUGACGAUAUGAACCCAAAGACUGAAACUGCGCUUUAUGAGCGUGACGGUGGCCGUUGCUUUAUUUCGGGUCUGUCUGCGGGGGUUAAACCUACGCAUAUCGUCGCCCCAUCGAUUCAAAACGAUAAAGAUUUACUCCCUGGGGGCUAUCUGCGUCCACUCCUCGAGGCCAUGUUUCGCCAGGAAGAAAUUGAGCAAAUGUUCGCUCUCCUGCAUGCGCAAGAGAAGGGGGCUGAGCUUAAAAAUCUUCUACUUAUGGAGCCGUCAGUCCGCUGGGCUUUUCUCGGUGGUCACUUUCAAAUCAUAAAACAGUCAUGCCUAGAGCCACCGGAAUCUAAAGACCCUACAAAGAUGCGAACCGGUGGAUGGUGGCUUCGAAGAACCCCUCCUGGGCGGGUCUAUGCCCCUGGCCUACCCAAAAAUAACAAAUUAUAUUCUAUACCGUCAACACCAAACCCUGAUACCCAUCCAUUACCGGCAGCGGUUUUACUAUCGAUUCAUCAGGUUAUUUCACGGUCUCUACGAAACCUUGCCGUGGAAAAGGUGGUAGAGGCCGGAUGGCCUGCUGCGAAACCGGGAAGGAUGUUUCUACGGGCUACUCUCAAUCUUUUACCCGGUUUUAUUCGGCUAAGGCUCUUCGAGUUUAUUGAUAAACUGGCGGGGUACUGGGAUCCCACACAAAAAAAUGAAUAUGUCAAAUAUCUCCCGUUGGGACUUUGUCUUAAAAGGGCACAUCGAAAUAUUGAAAAUGAGGCCAAUGCGUUACUAUUAGUGGAAAAAUAUACAUCAAUCAACGCUCCGAGGCUGAUUGGCUCAGCUACGGUCGACCACUUUACCGGCUACAUUCUUAUGACGAGGAUAUUUGGAGAUCCGCUGAGCCAUGUGCAUUAUUUGACCACAUGGGAGGAGCGAAAACAGAUCGGAAAGGAUCUGGCGAAGUGGAUCGCUGAGAUGCGCCGUAUCCCGAACAAGUCGAAGUUUUUGAUUGCAGACACGCUUGGAGGUCCAAUUAGUGAUCAUAGGUUUAGUGAAGAACUCUGGGGCCCCUUCAAUAAGGUAUCUGAUUUCACGGAUCGGCUCACUCGGGACGUAUUCUCUAAGAAGCCUCGACAUGAAACGCCGCUCUCCUAUCUAUAUGAACGGAAGCACGAUGUUUGUUUCACCCAUUCGGAUUUACACAUAUCCAAUUUGUACGUUACCCGUGGCCGACUCACCGGUAUUGUCGAUUGGGAAAAUGCUGGGUUCAAGCCUGAGUAUUGGGAGUUCACUCGGUCAUUGUGGACCUGUGCAGGGAGUUACUCCCGGAAAUAUAUGUACAUGAGCGCGUUUGAUGGUAAAUAUGAUGAUGAAUAUAAGGCGGAGAUGUUCAUCCUGGAAAAUUCACCAUUUAUAUUCUAA